CAAUAGGAUUUUUUUUUGACUGUUUUUGACGUUGACAUUUUUGUCAUAUUAUUUUUUCAACUUUUGAAAUGUUCUCAAUAAACCGCAACUCCUACCUACAUACACGAAGCAGUUCUGUAAAUCCCCGAAUUAUAAACCGAUGCGUUGACUUGGCGAGAAGUCAACCCACCCUUCAUGACUCCUCUUACUUCGAACCCCCCUUUUACCGCCUGACUUCCGAACAGCCCGAUAUUCCCUGCGAAUUUGUUGACCCGACCAGAAGACAAGUCGCAUUCGGAAAAUGGGCUUUACCCAAACUUAGACGCGAAUUGCACGACGAAGACGAAUUAGUCGUAAUUCAGGCACUUCGCAGCAUUAGCGACUUGGUACACGACCCGGAAAAGGCCUUCGAAGCUAUUAGGCUCCGCAUUCCGGAUAGAUUGUGUGACAAACUCCUUGAUCCUCUGCCUCCCGUGCGUGAAAACGCAGCUUUGAUUCUCGCCAUCUUGGCCGAAUUGGCCGAUGGAAAAGACGCGAUUUUACGAAAUGAUUCAAUUUUGGAAAAUUUAUACUUAUGUCUAGGUGAUGGACAAAUGUCGGUGCGGCUUAAAAUCGCUUCGUGUUUCAAAAAUAUUGCCACGCUUUGGACCACCGCCGAUGUUUUGGUUGAUUACGGACUCAUACAAACUCUUCUGGAAAUAAUCGAUAAAGAAGAAGACCUCGAUAUUGUCCUAAUCCACUUAGAAACACUCCAAUAUUUAAUGUACGAAUGCGGCAAAUGUGUGGCUUUGAAAAAUCAAGGUUUCCGAAUUUUCAGCAAAUAUCUGGAUCAUGAAUCACCGGCGAUCGUUUGCAAAGCGCUUGACUGCCUUUCGAUUUUAACCUCGACAAAGAAAGGCAAAAAGCUCGCUCUUGAGAAGAAACUAUUGAAAACAUUAAACCGACUAUUACAUUACGGGGACGUUGAUAUAUGCACAAGUGCGGCUUCUGUCGUCAUGUUCUGCACUGUUAAGACACGAGCAAAACAUGCAGCGGCCGAAAUUAAGCCUCUCCCCAAACGUUUGGUCAAACUCGCCACAAAUCCGCUAAAUAGCACUUUGCAAAUGUUUUGCUUGAAGGUGAAGAGUGUGGGUCCCAAACUGGUUCCAUUUUUCAAGACUGUUACCAUUUACUUUGUAGUUUUUUUGCCGUACAAUCUGCCCUCAGUUUUAUCAACGAUAUUAAAAUGUUUACCAAUUUUAAGUUUAAUGCUUUUUGUUUUACUCCAUGGCAUGAGCUUGGGUGAUGAAUACAAAUACUCACGAAGAAUUCUAGUCGGAUUAAUUUUCUGUUGUUUGGGAGAUGCGUUUUUAAUCUGGCCUGGAUAUUUCGAAGCUGGGAUGUUAGCAUUUGCCAUCGGGCACAUUAAUUACAUUCUAGCGUUCGGUUUUAAGCCUCUUAAUUUAACCUUAGGUGCAUGUUUAUACGCAAUUAGUGUAAUGGGUAUAGCAUAUUUAAUGUCAGGUUUACACGGUAUUCUAGUUCCUGGUGUAAUUAUUUACACAUUUAUCUUGACCACGAUGAUGUGGAGGGCCAUUGCUCGAGUCCAGUUUUUUGAGGAUUUGUGGACUUGGAGCAAGUUAUGUUCGUGUGUUGGUGGAAUUCUUUUCGUUCUCUCCGACCUUAUACUGGGUCUAGAUCGGUUCAAAUUCUCAGUUGAUUAUUCACAGGCCCUUGUCAUGUCCACCUAUUAUGCAGCUCAGCUAGGUAUUGCGUUAAGUGUGGUAGAUGCCAAAUCUCAACGUAAAGUAGAAUAAGUAGUCAAUGUCUAGUAUAAAUACUACACUGGUUAUGUUUGUGUUCAGGCUUUGACAGUCUUCCGUGCAAAACAAUUUAUUAUGCAGAGGUUGGAUUUUUUGUGCACGUAAUAACAGCAUGUAAAUGAAUUUCUGCCCGCUUGUGAUAAUUACGCGUUCGUAGCAAGACUUAAAAAAACAGUUUCCUAUACUUUGUAAUUCCAACCUACCCAUAUUUUUGCAAAAAUUGGUUGGAUUUAAAUUAAUUUAAAACGAUUUCUGCCGUACUAUUUUUUUGGGUUCAGAAAACCCUUGAUUUUGUAUCUCGUUUCGUCUCCUAAGCUAUAUUGUUUGACUGGGAAAAGAGGUCCGAAGAUGAGUAUUAGGUAAGGUAAAGCCCACCAAAUAAAGCUCACUUUUUAGUC